AUGGAUAAGUUUAGAAUAAUCGUACUUGGUGAUUCAAAAGUGGGCAAGAGAACGUUUGUAGAGACAUUCUUUAGUCCGUCUCCAUUUGACCUGUUGGACAAUGAUAAUGAUAAUAUUCAAACAAAGAUAUUAAAUAUACCAGAAUGUUAUCUUGAUGAAUUAAAUGCAACUGUUACAAUAGUUAGAACAAUGUCAUCAUAUUCAACAUUCUUAUCAAAUGUAUUCUUUUUGGUGUACAAUGUUACUGAUCAAAGUACAUACGAUAAUAUUAAAACAUGGAGAAAGCAGAUUGAUAGACUUUGUAUUGACCCACAUCGACUGGUUAUUGUGGUUGGUACGCAUUGUGAUCCUCGUCUCUCCAACAAGAGAGUUGUGACUACAAAGGACGCAUCGGAUCGUGUGAGUAAUACCUUUGGUAUAUUAGGAUACCACUCAUACUUUGAAAUGUAUAAAGAUCACUGUGACACAAAUACUAGACAAUUGAUAGCAAGACGAUUAGCAUCAUCUUAUAAUCGUACUCUUGGUUACAAUAUUUCAAAUAUUCCACAUCAUCUAUUACAAAAGAUUAAUUUAAAUGCUAUCAAAUAUCCUAUUAUUAAUAAUUCUAAUAAUAACUGUAAUAAUAACCGUAACAAUAAUAAUGUAAUUAAUAAUGUAUUUAAAUACAAGAUGAUUGCAAUGAAAAUAUUUAGAAUGGUAGGAGAGAUACAUCAGAUGCUGGGAUUAAGAUCAAUUAAAUUGUCAACAUCUUUUGCCUCGGUUUGGUGUUCUCAUCCUACCCUCUAUCCAAUGGUCGAGUAUAGAAGGAUACAUGGGUAUCCAAACAUUACAUUCUUUCAACAGACAUUUGAAAGUGGAAUAUUCAAUCGCAACAAUACCAACCUCGAUAUGUUUCUAAAGGUAUUUGGUAAAGAACGACAACCCAAUAGAUACAUGUUAGAAUAUCAUUUCAUCGAUUCCAAGAUGGUCGAUGAUUGUUGUGUUGCAGGAUCAAUAGAUAUCAUCCAACACUUACAAAAGGUGUAUCAACUAAAUUGGAGUGAAACUGGGUUCUACAUGUCUGUCAUAUUUAAUCAUUUAGAAUUAACUAAAUACAUUGUAAAUAAUAGUAGUAGGAGAUCAAUUGAAAGUGAUACCACCACCACCGCCGCCGUCACCGUCACUUUCGGUAGUUUAAUAUUAACCAAUCAAAUGAUCAAUAAUGCAAUUGAAUUGGCAACAAUCUAUAAAAGAGUUGAUCAUUUUAAUUAUCUAAGAGAUAUUAUAUGUACUAAUUCUAAUAAUAAUAAUAAUAAUAAUAAUAAUAAUAAUAAUAAUAAUCAAUUUGCAAAAUCAUAUAUAAGAGCUGCAUAUCAAGCAGCCCAAUGGCCACAGUAUGGUUAUUGCGCAACAAAGACAACAUUUGAAAUUGCCUCUUCCUUGUUUUGUCCAGGCAGCCACAGCAGCAGCGAUAACAACAACAGCGAUGACACCGGUGCUGAUAAUAAUGAUAAAUGGAAAACACCAUCAGGAAUUACAGCUUCACAAAGUUUUCCAUCCAAACAAACAGAUAAUAAUAGUAUUAAUAGUAAUAAUGAUAAUGAUAAUAAUGAUAAUGGUACUACGAUGUUCAAUUUUAACAAACCAAAUCGAUCGAUCGAUCGAUCGAUAGAUAGACUAUUCAAUUAA